GAAUGGAUUUAAUAGCAAAAAAUCAAGACGUCAGUGAGACGUUCAGUGAGACCGAACGCCAUAAUAGAGCUCGUCGGAACUCCAUACAUACUGUGAUCCUCAGCAUGUGUGUAAAGCGUGAGCUCAACGUGAGUUCAUCUGAUCCUCAUACUAUGAUCCUCAGCAUGUGUGUAAAGCGUGAGCUCAACGUGAGUUCAUCUGAUCCUCAUACUGUGAUCCUCAGCAUGUGUGUAAAGCGUGAGCUCAUUGUGAAUGCUUCACACUCCGGUCCAGUUGGCGGUGGUAAAUGCACCAUCUAAGCUGGUCUUCCAACCACCAUAAAACAUGUAAAGAAGAAGAAAAAGUUGUGCAUGGUAUUGUUACACCGCAGAAAUGUGAUGGACAGACAUCUGUUGUACCAAUCAGUUGGAUUUUUGAUGACAAUGGAACAUUGAAGUGUCGAUGGACAUCAUCACUCUCAAACAUUAAAAACAAUUCUCCACCAAACCCUAACUGGAAGGUUUAUGACAUUGUGAAGAUUGUUGGACCAUCAAUUGAAUUUCAUGAUCUUCAACAACAUCACAUGACUUAUAAAGAAAUUACAGUGCAAACCAGGAUACCAGAUGAUGUGCAUUUAAAGAAGUCAAGAAAUGCAAUGAAGCGAGUUGGUCUGAAGACUAAGAAUGUUCAGCUGGCCAAAACUCCCAGAUACCAUGUAGUCAAGAGUCCACUUAUUCAGAAAGCUCUGUGUGUCAAAACAUCUGGUGACUGUCUGGAUGAUAACAAUGAAAGCCCUGAUGACAGUUAUUUAAACUCAAGCCAGCCCAACCCAGUAUUCUUAGAUACUCUUCAGGGAAAUGUGGCAAUGCAUGAGGAUGAUCAUCCCAAAAGCUCUGCUUCUUCAGGGAAGGAACCAAAGGAAACAAAAUGCAAAGUCACCAUGGAGAAAUUGUUUGAUCUGAAUACUAAGAUACUCCAACAAAUUCAAAUGCUGGAACAGAGACAAGCUGUCAUCAUGAAUGACUUGGCAAAAGUUAAGUCUGUUCUCAUGAAGCGGGCAGAAGAAGAUGCCCAUGAGGAACUUUUUAAACAACAACAGUGCUCCAGCUUUGAAACGUUUGAAGCCUUCUGUCAGAGGCUUGAAGAAGACAAAAAUUAUCGAGAGCUUUAUGUACACUAUCUCAUCCAUACUCACGGCAGCUCCAAUAUAGGUGAGAUGGUGAGACAGGCUUUAAAAAGCAUAGCGUCAAUGUUCUCUGUCUGUAUAACAGAACGGGGAAAGAUGGGAAGAAGGUGUUGCCACCUGUGCUCCUGACAUGUUUGAAAAAAUGUGUCAGGUCUUUUCACAAACAAAAUGAAAUAGAGGUGAAGAAGCUAAAAGUAACCACCAGAACAACACCAGACGCGGAAUGUAUUCGCCAAGUAGAAAUUUUUUUGUCCAAUGCCAACACCAGGCUGAAAUGGAAACCAAAUAAAGGAAAAAGCUGA